AUGACCAGGGGAAAAAUAUGUGCUUAGGCAGGUCAUGCGGUGCUAGGCAUUCACAAUCAGCUCAUAGAAAAUAAUCCCGAUCUCUUUGCCAUCUGGGCAUCUUUGGAGUAUCCACAAGAGACAUACGAGGUAAAAUCAAUGCAAGAACUGUAUGGGAAAUUGUAGGAAUCUUAAGUCUUAGGCAUCCAAGCAUACAUAGUCCACGAUGCUGGCAGAACUCAGGUUGAGCCUAACACUCCAACAGUCUGUGCAAUUGGACCAUGUGAAGCAGUCUCAAACAUAAAGGAUGUUGACAUCAUCAUUCAAACUGUUCAUUCAAUUGCAAGACAAUUCUAUCAGAUGUUUCCUUUUUAAUAAUAUGGGUCACGCGGGGGAGGUUUCUGA